CAUUUUCCGACGAUGAUGCGUAAAAAAGUGCUUGCAUGACAUGAGAUUGAAAUUUUUAUGACGGAGAAAUCAAAGCAAGUGCCUCAGCUGAACGACCCCUCGUGGUUGUGGGAUUUGGUGAUUUUAUGCGACAUCACGUCACAUCUGAAUGAACUCAACACCAAACUACAAGGGAAAGACAAGUUGAUUUCGCAUGUGUAUGUGGACAUAGCAGCAUUCCUAGCGACAUUACAACUCUUCAUUCAGCAGGCGGGAAGGAUGGAGCUUGUCCACUUCCCAACGUGUACAUCUCUACGUCAGGAUCAGCAGCUAAAUAUGUCUUUCCCCAAGGCAAGAAUGAUACAACUUCUGGGGCUCUUGAAGGAUAAUUUCGAUGAAAGAUUUAAGGAUUUUCAUGAUUUGAAGGAUGAAAUACGUCUCUUCUAAAAUCCAUUUGUGGCAGAUGUGUCAAGUGCCCCGACAGACCUGCAACUGGAACUGAUUGACUUGCAAAGCCAGACAUCCAUGCUUGACAAAUUUCGAGCGUGUUGCCUGCAGAAACUUGCCCAAAUCUCCGAAAUCAAGCGUUAAGGAUGAUCACGAUGUUUACAAGUACUUAUGUGUGUGAACAAACGUUUUCAGUGAUGAAACGGGCGAAACCCGUCUUACGUCAUCGCCUUGCGGACGAACAUUUCGAUUCACGUGCUCAGACUUGGUGUUUCUGCGAUGCAGCCGGACAUUCAGAAGUUGGUUUCGGAAAAACAACUUCAAAUAUCCCACUAAUUACUACAUAAUUAAUGUGAGACUUGCCAAAGUGAUGACAGUGUGUUUGUCGGUCUGACUCCAGUGGGCUGCUGCUUGGAAUCUUUUCCCCCAUCAUUUACCUGGGGGCGCCAUCGUAUUCAUCUAAGGAUCAUUUGAUAAAAAGAACGACAACUGCGGGCUUGCAUCUUCUCUCCUUCAAAGACGACUAAAAGCUUAAAUCCCUUGGAAACAUCUUUACGGACAACUUUUCAUCACAAGAACGGAUUUGAAAAUCUUUACGAACCGACGAUUAUGUAUGUAUAGAAGCAUCGCUGUAUUACACUGUAUUUUGGGUACAUCUUCAUUGUCACACCUAGCGACAUCCCGUUGUGAAAGUUUCAAGAUAUCAUUCGGUAUCCAAGUAAGACCAAUCUGUUGCUACAAUAUCUCAGUUAACUUUGAUUUCCUUUGCUUUUAUAUGAAAAUACCAACGUGAAAGAUUCCAAGAAUUAAUUAUUUACUGCUUACUUGCAUGCUGUUGUAAGAGCCUUCACUUCAGCUCAUCACCUUUGGCAGGUGCGUAUGUGUCCCUACACCAGGUUCAUACACAGUUUAUCAUGAAGGAGGACUUGGGAGUUUACCUACAGAAUACGAGGAAAGAAAGCUGGACAGGAGAUAAGACAGGACAAACGUUGAAGUCGUGCAUUCGCCAGACAAAGUAACUGUUGGUACACAAGCGAUGACGAUGUAUUGUGUCGUGAGUACAGGCGGCUCAACGGCUUUGCUUGCUGAAUGCUCCGACGCCAAUUUACUCAUGACGUAAAACGUGACUGACGACAUAUGGGUACAAUAACGGACAAAGGAAACAGAAAGUUCUCGAAAGAUCGGUGGAUGUGCAGCAAGAGAGGGAGAAAGAGGGAGAGAUCUGCGCCAGCAACUUGUCAGGAUGCAAUAUUGCAAGAUCUGAGUAACCGGCAUCCUGUCUGGUCUGAAUCCAGUCUGUUCACAUUGUUGUACAAUGGUCUGGUAACAACAGUGAACAAAUUGUGAAGCAUUUGCAGGAAGCCUUUUAGCUCAAGACCUGGAGAAGAUGAGGACAGACACCCACACUGGAUGAUCAGUGUAUUGGUGAAUGGAGAAAGAAAUUUAUUUACAGAAUAAAUAUUUUGACCCUCUAGGCAAUCACUAUGUAUUCACUCUGCUAUUAAAACAUUUUGUUGGAUAAUGAUAAUCAACAAUGGGAGUAUGUGUACAGUAGAUAUUAGAAUAAAUUAAUAAUUUUUAAUAAACAUAACAUGUCCCAAAGGUCUUUGAACAAUGGUUCUAUAGUAAGUAAGGUUUAUUGUUUCUUUAGAAGUGCAUCCUGCUGUUUGCGAAGUCUCGUUAGUGUUUAGACCAAUCGGUUUUAACGAUAUUGUUCUCUUUACAGUAACAACAACUGCUGGAUUUUAUAUGGCUUAUCUCCUUCAAAGAUAGUUUAAAGUUUAAAUUCCUUGGAUACAUCUUUACGGACAACAUUUCAUCACAAGCACGGCCUGCGACGGGAUUGAACAAAAUUGUUUACCUAACAACAACGAUGAGGAAUCUUUUGCAGUUAAGAAAUUGGCGACUCAAGGUACUUUUGGCUCUUGUGGGACUCCUGACUGUGUUGUACCUACUGACUUACAGCUCAGCAAACAUCUGGUCACAACACAGUUCAGCACAAAACCGUUCAACAGCUUACUACUUACUUCCGUGGCAGUCAAAUUCUAUACUAAAACAUUCUAGCACUAACUCCACGUUUAAGUACAAUGGGACAGCUACUCAAAGACCGUGUUCCCAAGCAGCACAUCCUUCAACAACAUAUUACCUACGUCACUUCCGAUCUAUAUUUAUAGUUGACCCUGCCACCCAUCAACUGACGAUUGAUCAUCAAGGGAACCCCUCUAAGAUAUCCUCUGAAGUAAGGACUGACAGUAGAUCCUCUGCUGUUAAGAAUAAGUUGAUUGUAAUGUACAACAUGCCUGAGUGGAUUAAGAGAGGGUCGGAUGCUGAGUUGUUUGGCCACUGUCCAGUCAGCACGUGCAACUUGUCCACAAACUAUGAUGCGGAUAGAGUAGCUGCCGACGCUGUGGUGUUUCACGACGCUCCAUCACACAAGCCAGUGCCACCUCGAGCUUUCCCUGACCAGGUGUAUGUGUUCCACAUGAUAGAACCGCCACCGAUUGCUGGGUCCGGUUAUCAAAACACGUCAUGGAACUCGGCUUUCAACUGGACAUGGACCUACACUCAGGACGCCGAUAUCUGGGUGCCCUAUUUCUUUCUGGAACGUUCCAAGCAGUUGCCAUGUCUUAACGUCAUCCGCGAAGUUGUACAAAGGAAGGACACGCCUGUAGCUUGGUUUGUUACUAACUGCCAGUUGGACCAAACUCAACGAAUAGCCUACGUUAACAGACUACAGAAAAUUCUGACAGUGCAUGUGUAUGGUCGAUGUGGGACCAUGAAAUGCCCUCGAAUGGCCAAAGAAUGUGACGACAUGCUCACCACCAAGUACUUCUUCUAUCUUUCCUUCGAGAACUCUUAUUGCCAGGAUUACGUGACUGAGAAGUUUUCUCGAGCAUUUUUCCAGGGUGUCCAUGUGGUUCCUAUUGUGAGGGGUGGGCUAGACUACUCUCAACAUAUUCCAGAAGGAACAUUCAUCAACGCCGACGAUUAUAGAAGCCCCGAGGACCUCGGCAAGUACCUGAAAGAGCUCAUGAACGAUGAAGGGACCUACAUUGAUAUGCUGUGGCGGAUCGCUCACUUUACUACCGCCACCUACCAUGACAGUUACACCUACUCGUGGUGCCAGCUGUGUGACAAGCUACACAGGCUGCAGGACAAUUCCAAGACCUAUCCAGACCUCUUUGAGUGGUACCACGAGGGGAGAUGUUGGCCACCCAAGAAGUUAUAGCCUCUCUGUGGCGAUAACAACUUUGUAGGUACAGACACACGUGUUGUGUGCGGUACUUUGUAUUCACACACCUGGUAAACGCAUGUGACAACCAUUAUCCAACUCGACCGCUACCAUAAAACUAAUUUCGCGGUUUUUUAUUCUAAGAAAAGCAAUUGCGAUGAUUCAAACAGUUAAGAGAGAAGAAUCCUCCAACUACGAAACCUAACAAACAUUACUAAGCAGACGAUCUGCUUUUCUGGCUAAAAGUGAAAAUAUGUUUCUUAGAAAUGCAAACCUAUCAGACGGAUAAUCUGUAAUUUUAGCAGCUUCUCGCAGGACUGAAGCGGUUUAACUUUUCUUACCUUGAACAAAUAAACCUUGACUUACGUGUUUCGUUAUAAUUUCCUAAGUUUUUUUUAAAGAUUUUUCUGAAACUCGACACAACAAUAAGAUUGUGGUUUGUCGGUGAUAUUUAUUCUCAUUUUAUAUUUUCGAGGACCUAGAAUAUGCUUCAAGAUAUUACCUUGUUUCACACCGACCUAAAUUUUUCUUCUUUUGUUUUCUCUACCAGAUAGACAAUUUAUACGAAAAUAGUGAAGUUGUGAACAAUUCUUCCCUCUGUGUAUAAAGUACUGCAUCGGCUUCCAGUCGAUCAUCGUAUUUGGAUCGAGAUAAUAUUGCUUUUAUUUAUGUGUUUGAUAGCUCAAAUAAUGGUUCACGACAGAAAUAAAAAGAGUUUCAUGAUGCAUCCAAUAAA